AUGGUGUUCCUUCGACUAUCGGUCAAAGUUUUCCCGCGGGAUCAACUGGCGUCACACUCAAACUCGAGCUGGGGUCGAUCAUUACCUUUCACGCGCAAAUCUGUGAACGAUGACUCCAGCCAGGGAUCUGCAGCGUCGAUUACAUCCAAGAAGCCAGGUAUCUUCCUCCUGGUGCUUGAGAAACCGGAGGACGUUACGCUCGGCGGAUUGGCGGGUCUGAUCCAGGACCACUGGGCCAAGCUACACCCUGAUCUUGAACCCCUCUCGAUUAAGAAAAUCUUGGACGAUACGAAAGAAGACCUCGACCUGUACCCCGAUUUGACCGUCGCCGACGUCUGGGUUGAUUAUGGAAAAGCCCGCGCAGAUGGUCUCGACCAGCGUGGGACUGUGCGCGUUGUUCAGAAACCUGCUGCGGCUGCUGCGCCGGAGCGCUUCCCCUCUGUCGAUCAGGAUUGGGAUGCUGCGAUUGUCGCGUAUGAGCGACAGCGCGAUGCGAACAUUAAGAAGGAGGCUCUGAAGCGGCAAUUCUCGCCUAUUGAGGAGGAGGACGAAGAUGCUAAAUCUCAGUCGCAAAGCGUUCAUUCCUGGCGGAGCCACUCAUCUGCAUCGCCAUGGUCCGUUCCGGCUCACCAUGAUAGAUCAGGUACGCGCAAUAAGCGUCCUUUGAGAAAUGGUAUGGAGGACCAACGUCGUCGCCGGGAUGUGCCACUUUCCUCUGUUGAGGUUCGCAGUCCAACUACCAAUGGGCCUACAAUUGCUGGUACGCCUCCUCCCCGACGAGACGAGAGUGAGGAGCUUGGAGAGUCACCGUCACCUACCGAACAACGAGCUUCUCAAACACGAUCUAAGUCUACGCCUGGUUCUGCGACUGCACCUUCUCCUAAAUCGGACACUCAACCUCAAAGGAUUGUAAAACUCAGUUUGCCAGCUUCUGGAACCACUAACAAGACAUCCAACGCGGAACUUGCUGAGCCCUCAAUUGAUGCCCCCGCGGCUCCUGGGAAAAACGCCGAGAAACAAAUUAGGGAGAGCAGCAAUGAGGCAAACGAAUCUAAGGGUGAAAAAGACAAGAAGUUCACAUCCCCACCCCAGCCAGCAGUCAAACGCACCUCCAUUGGCAUCAAACCAGAAAGCCAUCUUUCGGCGCUUGCCAAGAGCAUCACGAAGUCGCCGCAAAAUGGGGUCGCUGGCCAGGCCAUUGAUAUUUCAAGUGCUGAAGACAGCGAGUCUAGUGAAGACGAUAGCGACGACAGUGACAACGAGAGCGACGAGGAAAACAAGAUCGAAACUGAAACCGCGAAGAGCCCACCAAAACCGGUCGAAGUUGAGAAGCCCGAAGACCAACUGGUCACAAAGGAGAACGUUGAUAGCGAUAACUCUGAGGACUCUUCAUCUUCCUCUUCAUCCGAGUCUGAAUCCUCAUCAGAGUCUGAAGAUAGCGAAGAAAACGCGGAGGACAUAAUUGCUGAAACCCAGCUGACCAAUGAGGCUCAGGAAAUUGAUCAAGAUGGAGAUGUGGAAAUGGAAGGCUCCCACGCCAAAAUAUCCCCUCGGGAGAACGGCGCUUCGAGUCAGACUUUCUCUCGGAAGCGCAAGCAGAGUUCAGAGGAGCCUGCGCCGGUCAAGGAAACUCGUAUUAACCAAACCCACCCAUCAACUCGCCAGCAGGCCAAAUCAAAAACCCCUAAUGCUACGCUUGACCUUGUGAACUCUACUCAGAAUGAUAACCCACAAUCAAAGUCGAAGUCACCAAUUGGCUCCACUGAGGUGCCACUACCACCUCAGUUGGAAAGCCCACGCCGGAGAAGCGAGCGUGUUCCUUCAUUCUCUAGCCCUGGCCGUCGCCGUGCCAGCAUGUCAAUGGAUCGGGAAAAAUCACCCAAUCGCCUUACUGGACUCGGAUUGGGUAUCACAAAAAGCCCUCCCAGUAAACAACCCAUGAGCAAACCUGCAGAGGACAUGCAUAUCUCUGAGCCUGUUCAGCCUGUAUUUGGUGGUCCUCUGUUCCCCAGCAGCGUACCCACCGCCGUUGAUUCAGUUGACAUGACCCCAACUAAGCAAACACCUGCGGUUGACAGAACUAAGAAAUUGCACUCCGCGAUCCGUGGAAAAGACUCCCCUUCAGAACGAGGAGAGCGACGAUCUGUCUCCUUCCAAGAGGGCGACAAUGUGUUUUUAACCUCUGAUCCCGCACAACCCUCAACCUCGACUCCUCGCCAGACCACUACGUCCCGGUCCGCGAAGCCACUCACUGCGGCCAGCCAGAUUACUGCUUCAGGGCUGCAGUCCGGCUCGACACCUCGUGGGACGCCAAAGGAAAAGGAAUCUCACAACCCACCGACUUCUGCCGCAACUCAGCAAGUCGCCAAUGGAACCCCUCAGAAUGCCGUGAAAGCCAAAGCCGCUCGGAAGACUCCGGCCUCGAAGUCCAACGAGGGAACGCCAGCCAGCAGCCAGAGCAAUAUUGUUUAUCCACCAGGAUUCUCUGCCGAAAGUAUCAACCAGAUGGGUGCGCAAAUCGAGCGAGACACGAACGAGAAAAAUGAACUGCAAGCCAAGCUCAAUGCACAAAAUGCCGAUCCUCAAGUAUUGAUUCUUGCGACGGAGAUGCUGGACCUCCUCGAUAAGCUUGAGCAUAAGAAGCGCCAGGGAAAAGUGAGGAUGUUAGAUUGGCGUAAAAAGCUCGACCAAUUACGAGGGCAACUAAAACAAUGCGAAGAGAGGAAGCAGGAGCAAGAUGCAAACCCCAAGAAAUCUGUUACACGCACACCCCGUCCUACCCUCAAGGGUCUUCUCAGCAGCCAGAAACAAGAAAUCCUUGCUAAGACCGCCAAACCUCGCCCCGAACCCAAACCCGCCCCGCCUGUCCGUGGGGAUGUGUAUGAUGUGCCUAGCUCGAGUGACGACGCGAGUGACUCUGAUUCCGACAGCGACAGCGACAGCGACAGCGACAAGUCGGACAGUGAUGAGGGCGAUAUUCUACCCGACGGAUCCCAUUCAAAGCUGCGCAAGCCCUGGUCUCAGCGCACCAAGUGA